AUGGCACCCACCAAGCGAGCCAACAGCUCCGCAGCCUCUUCAGGCUAUGUUGAGAACAAAUCUAAAGGUCCCAUGUUACGAUGGCAAGACUCUCUUCCCCGACUACCCGUGCCAACACUCGAGGAGACCGCGAAGCGUUACCUCAAGUCUCUCCACCCGUUAUUGUCUCCUAGCGAAUACGAGGCUAGCAAGAAAGCCAUCGACGAGUUUGUUCGCCCCGGUGGUGUAGGUUCGAAGCUACAGGAGAAGCUCGUGGCCAAACGCGAGGAUCCCAACACAAAGAACUGGAUUUAUGAGUGGUGGAAUGACGCUGCCUAUCUCUCCUACCGCGACCCAGUUGUCCCUUACGUUAGCUACUUCUACUCCCACCGCGACGACCGUCGAAGACGAGACCCAUCCAAGCGCGCUGCUGCUAUUACAACCUCGGUCCUCGAAUUCAAGAAGCAGGUCGAUGUUGGCGUCCUCGAGCCAGAGUAUAUGAAGAAGCUGCCCAUCUGCAUGGAUAGCUACCAGUGGAUGUUCAACGCCUCUCGUGUCGCAGCCAAGCCGGCAGAUCACCCUGUUAAGUUCUCCGCCGAAGAGAACAAGCAUAUUAUUGUUAUUCGCAAGAACCAGUUUUUCAAGAUUCAACACGAAAUUGACGGAAAGCAGCUCAACACAUCAGAGCUAGAGCAACAGUUCAAGCGGGUUUACGAACUUGCUCAACGUGUUCCUGCUGUUGGCGCUCUUACGUCAGAGAACCGAGACAUCUGGACGGAUGCCCGCGAUAUCCUGCUCAAGGCCAGCCCGAAGAAUAAGGAUGCGCUCGAGGCUAUCGAGUCAUCCUCUUUCGUGGUUUGCCUCGACGAUGCGGCGCCAGUGACUCUUGAAGAGCGUGCUCAUCAGUACUGGCACGGUGAUGGUGCCAACCGUUGGUACGACAAGCCCCUGCAGUUCAUUGUUAAUGACAAUGGUACCUCUGGUUUCAUGGGCGAGCACUCCAUGAUGGACGGCACUCCCACUCAUCGUCUAAACGAUUAUGUCAACGACCUCAUUUUCGGCAACAAGCUCGACUUUUCGGACCCCAACGUCCGCUCUAACUUACCAGAGCCGCAGCUCGUCAAGUUUGAGAUUACUCAGGAAGUCCAGAGCGAGAUUGACCGUGCUACUAAGGACUUUAACGAUGUUAUUGGCAAGCACCAACUCGCUGUGCAGGCUUACCAAGGCUACGGAAAGAGUCUCAUCAAGAAGUUCAAGUGUUCCCCUGACGCCUAUGUUCAGAUGAUUAUCCAGCUUGCUUACUACAAGAUGUAUGGCAAGAGCCGACCUACAUAUGAGUCUGCUGCUACGCGCCGUUUCCAACUCGGCCGUACUGAGACCUGCCGAACUGUGUCUGAUGAUUCUGUGUCUUGGGUUCAGGCCAUGUCCGAUUCCUCAAUCGACGAUAAGAAACGCGUGGACCUCUUCCGAAAGGCCAUCAACGCCCAUGUCGAGUACAUCACUGCAGCUUCUGAUGGCAAGGGUGUUGACAGACACCUCUUUGGCCUUAAGAAGCUCCUUGAGCCUGGCCAGGAGGUUCCCGCCAUCUACAAGGACCCUGCCUACAGCUACUCCAGUUCAUGGCACCUUUCCACUUCUCAGCUUAGCUCCGAAUUUUUCAACGGCUACGGCUGGAGUCAGGUCAUCGAUGGUGGUUUCGGCAUUGCAUACAUGAUCAACGAGAACAGUCUUAGCUUCAACGUUGUAUCGAAGGGUCUUGGCAGUGACCGUAUGAGUUACUACUUGAACGAGGCUGCCAAUGACAUGCGCGAGUUGCUCACACCCACGCUUGAGCCGCCCAAGGCCAAGCUGUAA